AUGUACCGUCAUCACGACAGGCUCUUCCCUGGAGUGCCACUGACUAUUGCUGUGCUCUGCGGAUCGUUGUUGGGUGGCGUUAUUGCUGAGGGGAGGAAGGUGGAGUUGCAUUCCUUCACACAGGAGAUGGAUUUCCAUAAAUUCACCUCAAGAUGGGAUGCCAGUGGUACUUGCAUACCACUCCAUAACCACAUCGCGCUCUCGCCCAGAGCCUCCGAUCGAUACGCCGCGCUGUGGCAUAA